UCUCAAAAUGUAUUUUCCCAACUUUUCUGCCAAAGUCCUUUUGGGAGUCCUUCUGAUUCACAUCUCUGAAGCAGCGCGGAAAUGGGACUACGAACCUAUAUCUGUCACCGGCACCACCUCGGAUCCCAAUCUAAUGAAGAUUGUGACCAAAAUUGAUCGCAUAGGACGAGGAGAUUUUGCAGUAUCUGGCACAAUCGAAUGGAAUUACGCUACAGAUGAAUCGACCACGAUAGAGGCCAUAGCGUACAGAAGCUCUUCGGGAGCUGAAGCCGAUUACAAACUCCUGCCAUGGUCAAUUCCAAAGCAACCAUUUUAUGAGUACCUCGACAACUACUAUAAGGAUGUGAUAAUGAAGAUGUUUAGCCAUUGUACCAAUCUUCCACAAUUUGAGGGUAAAUUCCAACCACCUUGGCCAUCCAAGACUUAUGUGAUAGAUAAAUGCGUACUUGGAGAUGGCGAUGGACUGCCAGAGGUGGUCCCUCCUGGAUUCUACAAGAUCGUUUUGAGUUUCAGCGGAACAGAUCAGCCCUCAUGGGGAGCUGUUGCAAUUCUUAAAAUAACACCGAAAAUAUAUUAAAUUGUGAUGAGAAAUAUU